AUGGCAGGGGAGCAUUUUGUGCUUGUUCAUGGGGAAGGUCAUGGAGGGUGGUGCUGGUUCAAGCUCCGGUGGCUCCUUGAGGGCUCCGGCUACCAGGUGACCUGCAUAGACCUUGCUGGAAGCGGCGUAGACCCCACCGACCCCAACACUGUCCGGUCAUUCGACCAGUAUGACAAGCCGCUCCUGCGCCUCAUCUCCGCCUUGCCGGAGGGCGAGAAGGUGAUUCUCAUUGGGCAUGGCAGUGGAGGGCUGAGUGUGAUUCACGCAAUGCAUGAAUUCGUUGACAGAAUUAAGCAAGCAAUAUUUGUGGCAGCUGCUAUGCUGCCAUUUGGACUUCAGACUGAUGAAGAUAAGAAAGAUGGCUUACCAAGUUUGCCUGAGAAUGAGACCGAGUUGACAUUCGGUGCAGGAGCAGAUGAUCCUCCAACUACCGUCGCCUUGAGAUUAGAAUUCCAGCGUGAUCGACUAUCACAGCAAAGCCCUGAGGAGGAGUCAAUACUGGCUUCAAUGCUGAUGCGCCCAUGGCCUGCAAGUGCUAUUGGUACUGCAAGCUUUGAAGGAGCUGAUGAGAGAUUGAAUCGAAUAAAGCGGGUUUUCAUAAAGACACAGCGUGACCUCAUGCUGGACCCUCAGCAGCAAGAUUCCAUGAUCAAGAAGUGGCCACCCAGCGAGGUUUUGGUCAUAGAUACAGACCACAGCCCCUUCUUCUCUGCACCAGAACAGCUCUUUAACCUAAUAGUCAAAUCUCUAUGAUGGAAAUAUGCAGAUUACUGAACUCUCUAUAGUGGGUCUGUUCAAAUUCUUGUAACAUGACAUAUACUAAGUAUCCGAGUUAGGAUAACAUCUUUGUGAAGCAUGUUUCUCAGGGAAUCUUCAAGACAAUUGGAUAAAUGGUUUAAGGGUGUAAGUAAAGCUGGUUUAGGGUAAACAUUACCAUUCAAUUUGUAAGCAAGUAACUCAAAUCAGGCCUACGUAAUUCCCAUUUUAGAUAAGCUUACGUGUUAUUCCAAAAGAAAAAGGAAAAGAAAAGGACUGAGUCAAAGGUGCUGAAGUGUAUAUAUGGAUUGCCUAGCCCUUUUCAUCAUUUCGGACGUUCCACUGCCUAGACAUGAAGCUUAACCUGGUAUCAGAGCCUAAGGUCUUGAGUUCAAGUCCUGGCUUUCGCAGUUAAUCCAAAAAUUGCUACUGCCCCCCUCUAUGUCCAUGUAUGACCUCUUGAGCCAUACCUCUGAGUCUAUUCACAUAUUGACUUCCCGCGUCACACGUAAGAGGAAGUGUUGAAGUGUAUAUGUGAAUUGCCUAGCCCUUUCCAUCAAUUCGGACUUUUGGUUGCGUUUAGUCUUUAUCUUUUCUCAGGAACCAGCAUUAGCCGCUGAUAUACAAGCCAACCAAGCAGAAUGUUUUACCUUAAC